AUUUUAUUUAUAUCUGCAAAAAUAACUGGAUGGCUAACAAGUUUAAUAAAACUUCCUCCUAUGGUUGGAAUGCUACUGAUGGGAGUUCUUUUAAGAAACGUUGAUUUUUUACAAAUCGAAGGUAAUUACAGAAAAUUCACAGCAAUUCUUCGUCAACUCGCCCUUGUGAAUAUAAUGUUACCGGCUGGAUUAGGUUUAGAUCCAAAAGCCUUAAAGAAAAUGUCUUGGAUGGUUCUAAACUUAGCCUUCGUUCCUGUUGCUGUUGAAGUGGCUGGAGUAGCCGUCGCGGCUUAUUGCUUAUUAGAUUUUCCGUGGUUAUGGGGAAUCCUUCUUGGGUUACUCUUGGCUGCCGUCUCACCAGCCGUCAUAAUCCCUUGUCUUUUUCAACUACAAGAUAUGGGAUAUGGAAUUAAUAAAGGCAUCCAUACUUUAGUCAUUGCGGCAUCAACUUUAAACGACAUCAUUUGUAUUGCAUUUUUUGGAAUUGUCAUUGGAAUAAUUUUUAGUACCGGUUCUUUAACCAUGCAAAUUUUACAAGGACCUAUUGUAAUUGCAAUGGGUGUAAGUUAUGGAAUUGCCUGGGGGUUAUUAUGUCAAUACAUUCCAAGUAAAAAGGAGAAAUAUCUAGUAACGUUAAGAACGUUACUGUUGGGUUUGGGUUGUGUUGUUUGUGCGUUAGGAAGUGACGCUUUGGGUUAUGGAGGUGCUGGGGCUUUGGGUUGUAUUAUAGCUGCUUUUGUAGCUAGUAUUGGAUGGAGAAAGCAAGGAUGGGACAACCAGAAUCCUGUUAGAAUGAAUUUCGCAUUAUUAUGGAAAUUCUUCGAACCAAUUUCCUUUGGCUUAAUAGGAAUGGAAGUGAACUUUUCAAUUUUAGAUGGAAAUACAGUUUUGUGGGGCACAAUAUCGAUGGUUAUUCCAUUAUUGUUAAGAAUAAUAACUUCAUAUGUUACAAUGAUUUGGACCGAUUUAAAUGUUAAAGAAAACUUAUUUGUUGCAAUCUCUUGGACUCCAAAAGCAACUGUUCAAGCUGCUCUAGGUCCAGUUGCUUUAGACAUGGCAAGAGAAACACUUAAUUUAGAUCAAAUUAAUCUGGGAAAUGCUGUUAUAGUGGUAGCGGUGAUGUCAAUUAUAAUAACAUCACCAAUAGGGGCCAUACUUAUUAUGCAAUUAGGGCCAAGAUUUUUACAUAGAACUAUUAAAGAAGAAAAUGAAGAUGAAGAGGUUAUUAAUCCUGUAGAGAGGAGAGAAGCUGAGGAGAAAACGAAAGUUUAAAUUAUUUAAAUAAGAUGAAAUAUUUUUUUAAUGGGCAAAAAUAAACUUAAUAUUAAUAUUA